GAAAACCAUACAGUGACAACAUCCCAGGGCUAUUACUGAUAUGACGACGAGGAAAAAGAUGAUUCAAAUUUCCAUUACAACUAGCGAGUUUUGUUAGUUAAGCUCCAAGUAAGAGUUGUCCUCCUUCUCGCAAACUUUUGUUCUUGAGCUCAUGUAGUUUCUUUUCUUCGUGCUUUUCGCAUGAGUACGUAGAUAUUACUUACUUAGACACGUAAAAUUUUACAUUCAUUAUACUGUGAAAAAAUCGGAGAUCAUCAUAGAACAAAUUGUUUUCAGUCUGCUCACUACAACGUUUUUUAUUCUCAUGAGCAGAAUAAUGUCGACGGCACACAAGAUGGUGCAGAAAAAGCAACGUCGCCGGCCGAGCAGCCAGUACCGCCCCUUCGCCUUAUUGAUGUUAUGGUGAAGGCUCUUUCGCAACGGUUAGCUCUCUUCUAGCAAUCGUCUUGAUAAGUAGUAGUAGAUGGCUUGUCAUCAUUCGAAGCUAUGAUCUCUAUGUGGCUCCUCUAACGGCUGUCGUCGCUUCCUGUUCGUUUGGCGUCGAGGCUGCGGCUACAUUCGUGAAUCUUCGCGCGGAUCCAGAUGAAUACCUCGCUUACUUACGGCUACUUCUGCAUUCAUGAUUCUACUCCCUGACUUUACAACUUCACAUAAGGGGCACUUGAGGUGGUAGAAAAGUAAAUUACUUUUUACUCAAGCUGCGCUUGAGAUGGGUGCGUCGGAGGUUGUAGAUCGUCUAAGUAUUUCGAACGGGGUACUGGUAGUAGAACUCAUGCGGUUUCUUCUCUAACCUGUUACAUUGCCCGAAAGGAAGAGCAAGAAGCGGAAAAAAGAGAUCAGCAUCCGCUUCAGGCCGUGGCUAAGGGUUCGAACGCAGCCUCCAGUUGUCCUCACGGAAGCAGCUCUUCUCGCUCCAGCAGUGCUUUUAAGAAACCGCUGUGUUGUUGUGUGUAGCUAGAUAGAAACCCACGAGUUGUCACGAUAUCAAAUAUCAGAAAGGAACGUUGUCCAAUCAUAUUAUAAAUUUGGGGUUGUACUAUUACUAAGGUUAUCUAAGUACUACCAUCACAGCUUGCUUGAUGUUGGGAACCUGAAGACCAUGAGUUGCUUUGUCUUCAGGGAAACGAAUUGUAGGGAUGUCGCCCCGGCAGAUUCCGAUUAUCAUUCUAAUAGUGAUGCUGAUUUUUUGACCACGUGACUCGAUAUGCAUGGUGUCUCCGUUCAUUUAUCUCGUGUCUAGUAGUCUAGUUUACCAGGACCUACUAGUACGUAGUGUCUUGCACCACUUCGUGUACACUGUACUGUUCUCUUCUGUCCUGUUCCUGUAGUACACGCGUUUUGUUUUCGUCCACAGAACAAGUCCUGUUCUGCCUUUUUAGGUUAUAGCAGGCAGAAAUCUUCAGGGAUAUCUACUUCGGCACGUGAGAGUUCGUUCUUCGUACCUCUACGGGCCUCACUUCAUAAUGUCUGACGAAAUGAAGAAGCAAGCGAUGGAUGUGGUCGUGGAGCAUGAUCGUCAAGAAGCUAAAAGCAGAGGCCAAAAGCGGAAAUUUGGUUAAGGCCAUCGAUUCGUGAGUUGAGGUUCUUUAUUAUAACUUUACCUCUGCUGUAACACUAUUGUUGCCUCGAUUUCAGCAUGCUAUAUUACAUUAAGCUAACUGGCGUGCAGUAGCGGUACAGAUACAGUCGUCCACAUGUAUUUUUCGAGGUCUUGAGCUGUUCAUACAACAUGUUCGUAUCUUCUCGGCAUUUAUUUUCUCUCGCGGAGGACAGACACGUUAUCAGUAAAGCAAUCUUCUUUAACGUUGAAUAGUACCUUCAUUAUUUCACAGUUAGUUUCUGUGGUUGCCUUGCUUUCAUUACUAUUAGCGAUGACUUGAUCUUGAACCCAAUCAGAGAUGGAUCUCAUCGUCUCUUGAUCAGGGAGGAAAGUACAGCAGAUUUAGAAGUCCAACUUUAAUACUCAGUUCUGCAGGAAGUUUAGAGUAUAAAUAUAUGUAAGGUGUCUACUCCCACUACGCAUUGAUCUUGAUCAUCAGAUGAAGGGCGCCACUCGAUGAUAAAGAAGACCGCACUUUUGUAAAGAGACCCCACUUGUUGAUGGAGAAGACUCCAGUCAUAGCGUUAAUUUGGUGAUAUAAUUCGAGGCAAAGUCGCAGCCCAGCGUGCUCUGAUCAAACAGGCGAAAAAAAACCUGAUCUGGCAUUUUUUAAGGCGGCAAGCAGUUGCGUUGUGCUCAAAUAUUUUGAAAGACUCAUUUCAUCUACGCAGUUUCAUUUAGUUUCUCGAAAUUCCAGGGUCUACACGCUUGGACUGGGGUCCCGUGCCAGCGCCAAGCGGCCAGGAGAAGCACUCAAUUGAUUGUUUUUGAUGAUCUCGACAUUCUGUGGAAAAUAAAAUAGCCAGCGCACCAAAUGCCAAAGCAGAUAUGGGUGGACUCAUGUUGAUAACUCAGUAAAUAGUCUUCGUCCGUGCAAUAUUUUACUACAAGCCGCAUAUGAUAUUUUGUGCCUACUUACUUAGUUAACAAAUGCAUUGUGCUCGUUUUCCUUUUCAUAAUUCGUCACGAAAAUCAAAGAAGAUAUUGUUGAGAUUGCGGUUCGUAAUCCGCGGCAUCUGACGCGUAAAGUAAGCCUGCCGGAUGUCUAUUUUCGGACAGUGGAGUGCGUCAUCAACGACAAUUCGAAAAUAAUGAAAGAGCUUCCUCCUUAAGGUUUGUAGAGCUUAGAUUGGCUUUUCCCUUUUCUGUAGGGUUUGGCUUAGGUCCAGCGACGCUUAUAGCACAUAAAGCAAAGAUAUUUGAAUAACCGGUCAGUUUUUCCCUCAUUUCCAUUUCCUUGGUCUAACCCAUCAUGCACGACUUAGAUACUUAGGACUUAUUCGUGUGAGUUACUCGUGAGGUACUUGACGGCACAUGUCAAACUAUGGACAGCGAGUCAACACCCAACCCAACUCGUGAUACUAAGUAUUUUGAGUGGCCGCUUCCCGAUCCCGUUAAGAAAAUCCAACGGGUCGUAGAUUACUGGAAAUUCAUGUAGCAGAGCUCCCGGCUGGUCACCGGGAGCUCCAGGCGAGCUAAACACCGCGCAAAGCGUCGAGAGAUGAGUAGCGCAACUCCCUCGCCGAGUGCGGAGGAGCAACGAGAAAGCAAAGCGCGACGCGCAUACCCAUCGCGGAAUGGCCGGCGCAAUUCCUCUGCCGAAAGCGCUCGCCCGGCUUGCUGUGCACGCUCUCCCCUGUGCCGUGCGCGUCUGGUGGGCGGUGUCUUUGCUUUUUCGUUUCCGCCUGCUCUGUUUGUGUGUGCCUAGGAUAGUCCGGGCCCCUGCGAAGUGUCGAGAUGUACCAUCACCUGGGUUGCGGGUGCUUCUGUGUGCGGUUUGGCUAAACUAAAUGAGCGCGCGUUCGUAGCUGUCUGGCUAAGGUUUUCGGCGGUGGUUCUGGGCUUUCAGCUCGAUGCUGUUCUUGGUGCUUCCCCUAGUGGCUGCAGAAUGCGCUUAGGCAUAGCUCACGCAGCCCGUUCGUUAACGGGGAGAAUCCAUAUGGGUCUCGUGGGUUCUCUCUUGGGGCUGAAGAUUCCUUAGAAAUAACCGACGAACGAUGGCGCAGCUUCCGCCGCCUGUUCUUAGAGUUAGCUACCGCACUGCCUGGCCGUCGCCCGCCGGAUUCCCCCCCCGCACCAUGAGGGCAGACGGCGCCGCGUUUCUCUUUCGUUGGGGUCUUUCGCGCUUGGUCGCGUGUGCUGGUCGGUGCUGGGUGGCUUCACCACAGACACACACCAGCGAGGCCACUUCUUUGGCUUUGUUUACGCUGUUCUGCGUGAGUGGGUGACUGAACAUCACUGCGCCACAGCCUUGGCGCGCGUGCCCGCAUGCAGUGGCUUGCGGCUUCGUUCGUCGACGGGCUCGAGGUUGGGCGUAUAGUCUUCGCCCAAUUUUGAUCGCCGCGCGCAGGUGCACCCACGGGGUGGGACGGACGGAGUAGCUGCGUCAGCGUCGUUGCUUUCGUUUUCAGAGUUUAGCCCAGUGAGUAACUAAGGCCCCUCGGCAGAGAGUUCGGAAGCGGAUUACCAAGCCGCAACCAGCCCAGACUUGUGCGUUGUGACUGUACACCAGGACAGCCACGGGGCGCGAGAGGGCUUUGUUUAGCGUGGCUGUUCUCUUUCUUAACUGCUGCGCUUUGGCUCUAGCGCGCCCUGGAGGCGCUUCAGACCUUGAGACAGUCUGUUAGGCUUGGCCCUAUCUUCGUCUUUCUUGCGCUAGUAUCGCGCGCGGGGUACUGUAGUGCACAGCCCGGCCCGCCCCCGGCUUUCCUCGCCCCCGUUAUUCUUCUUAGUAUGUAGCAGAGCUACUAGUUACUUAGAUGCGUUGGCAUGUUGUGCUCCUAGUCAUAACCAGAGCAUCAAAUAUGUUUGUUAUCAUCUGCUCCUCUAAUUUCAGCUUGCUCAUGAGGGAAGAUAUCGGCUUUGUGAAGUCGACCCUUGCAAUCGGUCAAGGCUUGUGACCCAGAAUAUGGAUCUGUGUAAGAGCAGAAUCUUUUUAUGAAUUUGCAUCAUCCUCUUCUAAUAUCUUGAUCUUCAACAAAUAAUCUCCUGUAACGUAAAUGUUACAUCAUUCACGGGGUCUGCACGAUUUUUGAUAUCCUUCGUUGUUCACCCAACGAAGGAGCUUUAUUUCACAUAGUUCGUACGAUCUUUUUGUAGUAUGUUCUUUCAAUCUCGAUCUGCAUAAGAGGUUUACAAACUUUAGACAUCCAUCUACUUGUUGAUGUGAAGAUAGAAUAUUUCGCAUAUUCAAACAACCUCGAAUCUAUUUGUGAAUGUUUCCUUACAACCCUAAUUUUUGCUGAGUAUGAUGCGUUUGACGUGAAGGAAAUAACAUUGGCGCUGAGCAAGAUUUUCACGCACGAGGGCAUGGGUGUCAGGCACAUUGGCGCCGAUGUUAAGGCGGGUAGUCAAUCAUUAUCUCGCGUGCUGCAGCUAUAUCCCGAGUUCCGAGGUCCCCUUGAUUUUGAGAUAAAGCCGACGGGGAAACUCAGGGGUCGACUCAGUCACGGAUAAGGAUUGCCUACCUUUAAAAAAAAUAUUGCCGAGUGGGAAAUUAGCUGGAAUUUCUAAGUGGACGAAGCUAUGACUUUUGGUUUUCCUGAUUCUUGCGCUUGCUUUACGCCUUUAGGGAUGAAAGUCGUAGAUGAAUGUGGAAGAAACAAGAAGUGUCACUGUAUCCAAAAGGAAGGUUUACUUACACACUAGUUGUAUGUGGAUGUGACGAAAUUAUAGUUGAAGCAGAACUAAAGCCAAAGAGAAAUGCACCAUAAUUUAUCAGCAACGACAAGAAGGAGCAAGCGUUGUCAUUCGAAAAUUGUCCGUCAACACCUAACGAAGAUUCUUAUGAUGUUGAAGUUGCAGCCCAAGAAAAAGAAUCAUUUUUACCAUCUUUGGUUCCUAGCCAGGAUCUCCCCAGCAUAUUAGGUUGGGUCUUGGCUAUCAUUCUACUGGCACGGCUACCCCUUGCCCUUAUAAUUGAUCGCAAAAGUCGAGUCCUUUCACACAAUAUUAGGCUGCUUGCUAGGAUUGUUCUUUUCGUGCUUGCUACCUAUGAAGAUGCAUGAGCAUGUACUUCGCGAGAAAAGAAGCAAGUCAACAUCUACGGAGUAAAGCAAAUCUUAAUUUUGAUUGUUUUACCGUAAUGCGUCCAGCUGCGUGUGUGUGUCUCAGCAUAUGUUUUAUGUUGUUCAAUAGAUACGCUACGCAUAGUCCUUCAUAGAGAUCAUGGCGCAAUCCGUGAUACUGUGAAUGUCGUUAUAUAUACUUCUCAUUUUCUUUUUCAAGACGCGAAUAUUGACGAUGCUCCACUCAUUUGAAGUGAGAGGGAGACGCAUAUAUCAUUCAUAUUAUAUAUAAAUAUAUCAGAUUGAGUGUGAGUCUGACGCAAUUCCGAUGGCAGCUUAGAGACGGGCCGCAAGAUGGAUCUGAAUGGAGAGCAAGCCUGUGUAAGUACAACAUGAAGAAUUUUUUUUUGACUACUAAUUGACUUUUUCCAGGAAGGAAAAUGUGUUUUUUUUGCGAGUGG